CAACUUGUUAUCUCAUUUUCUUUAGCUGUAGAAAUUAUGGCUUGUGGAGGCAACAAUGGUGGCAAAAGAAGGAGAGUCACUGGUAGCCGAGAGCUAAGUAGUGCAAGAGAAAUUGAAGUGCCCUUGAAUUCACCUAGCACUAAUGAGUCUCACAAUGAGGUUCCACUAACUAAUGAUGCAGGGGGGUCAGACUUAUCACAACAAACACCGACUCUUUCAGCACACAGACCAUACAUUUUCCCUUGUAAAAACAAGUUUACAGAUCCAAAGGUGGGAAAAGUUAUCAUUUUUUAUUUCAAGAGCAUGUUUAGUGGGCCUUGGCCAAGAUGGACCGAUGAUCCUAAAGGGCACCAUAAGUUGGUGUUUGAGUCAUUCCAGAUUGUUACUUAAUUAUUAAACUUAAUAAAAUCGACAAUGUUAUAUAUGUAUAUAUUGCAAUUUAGCGAACAUAUCAAUGGGAUUCAAGUUUAGACGUUAUUGUUGAAAAAAAUUGGGAGCAUAUCAUCAAGA